AGGUAGGUGGGUAAGAUGCAGCCCGCUUUGUUACUGAAUGUUGUGUAACAAGCAGGAAGUUGUUGGCCAGUCCUGAGUCCUCAGUUCUCUCGUGCGCGCUCGUGCGUCUUUUCUCCCUCCCUCCCUCCUUCCCGCAGCAGCAGCAGCAGCAGGACACGUUCCUUACGUUUCAGCCGCAGCUCGAGCUCACUUUCGGUCAGAAGGAAAGAUGGCAGAAAUCGUGCACAUGAUUGACAGCGAGGUCUUCAUGGCCUUCUCCACCUAUGCGACCCUAGUCAUCCUCAAGAUGAUGCUCAUGAGCCCCAUGACAUCCUACUUUCGAUUGACAAGAAAGGUGUUUGCCAAUAUGGAAGACACAGCUUUUGGGGGCUCUGCUGAGGACAGGAAGAAGAUGAUUAGGGUGGAUCCAGAUGUCGAGCGGGUGCGAAGGUGUCAUCAGAAUGACCUGGAGAACAUCAUUCCCUUUGUGGUGAUUGGUCUGCUCUACGCUCUGACAGGGCCUGACCUCUCCACUGCUCUGCUGCACUUCCGGCUGUUCGUUGGUUCACGCUUUAUCCACACCGUGGUCUACGUGAUGGCGCUGCCCCAACCCAGCAGACUUCUGGCCUUUAUGGUGGGAUUGGUCACCACUUUAUCCAUGGCCUACCGCGUCCUCACCACUGCACUCUUUCUGUAAACUGAUGACAAAAUCAGAAAGUUGCUAGAAGUUGCUUAAUUGAAUGUGAAAUAUCCUGCGUAAUGUGACCCUUCUGAAAUAUUCAGCACAACAUACUUUAGCAUACUUUCAGUUGCACAGCAAGAAAGACUAAGGAUUUUUGUUCAGUUUUAUUAAGGUACUAAAUUUCCUAUUUUUUAUUUCAAUGCAUUGUAAAAUCACUGUUUUUAAAGUGUUUUAUUGUUUAACCAGAUUGAUAUAAAAGUUUGUUAUAAAUAACA